AUGGUGCUAAAACCCUUUUUAAAGCUAUUACUUCAAGGUUUAGAUUUCCUUCAUUCCGAGUGUCAUAUUAUACACACAGAUCUCAAAUCUGAUAAUCUCCUCGUCGGGGUUGAAGAUGGUUCUGUUCUGGAAGAUUACGUUCGACGACAACAGAACCAUACGGCCGAUUGCGUACUUAGCGACCACCACCCAAUAUUUCGAUAUGAACCUGAUUUUGGACCCUUGAGAAAGGGAGUUGGUCUAGUCAAGAUUAGUGACUUUAGUGCGGCGAUAUUUGGCAAUGUCUCGACACCGCAUAGUUACAAUAUCCAGCCCUUGCCUUUCUGUGCUCCAGAGGUUCUUCUAGAAGCGCCUUGGACGUACAGUGUGGAUAUAUGGAAUUUGGGUAACGUGUUACGGGAGCUCCUUGCCGAUACCGUACCACUAGGUAGUGGCUCUUUGACGGAAUAG